CAGGCCGCACCCCGGUGCAGGGAAGGACCCUGGCUGCUAUUUUCAGGACCGAGUGGCACGGCUGCAUCACUGCCGGAUGGCAAUCCAGGAUCUCGGCCUCGACAGGCUCAUCAGGCGAAAGAACGUGGAAACCACGGGGACCCAGAGACUCAGCGGGCCCCACCCGGCUUCCCUGCGGGGGGCGGCGCUGUGACGCGCCACUGACAGGCGCAACGAAAGGCAGCCUUUCUGCUGCUUGGAGCAAAGCAGAGGCGGGGGCUGCCCACGUGGGGAGGGGAGCGCCGAGGGCGAUGCUGGAGGCUGCGGGACCCCCAGCUGAAGCGCGCGGAGGCGGGGGCUCGGGGUGGAACAAGAGUGUAAGGAUGUCGGAGAAGGCUGUCUACCGGGAAGAAGCGGGCUAAAGCGUGGGUACCACCACCUGCCUCAGGAAUGUGGAGAGACGGGGACAAGGAUGGUGUCAGAUCAAGGGUUCCACGCUCUGAGUUUAGGGAGCUAGUUGCUGUCGGUCUUGGGUCUCACACAGGUGGGAUGGCUCUAAGGGGAGUCACAAACCCAGGAGUCGAAUCUUUGGGGGGGGGCGGGGGUUGUUGACGUUUCUCUAGUGAGAGCUCCAUCAGGUUAGAGUUCAAGGAGAUGGUAUCUCACGGGGUCAAAGGCUGGCAAGGUCAUAGGAUUAGUGGGCUCUCCGGCUGGUGACAGAUGAGCCGCGUCUUUUGAUUUCCUGUUCUGUCAUGCGUGCUCCUCUCUUGACCAGAGGGGUCCAUGGAGGACCCGCUUCCCGAAGAGACCAUGGAGCAGCUGGAUUCAGCAAAAGAGAGGAGUCCUCGCAGUGCAGGAGGCGACAUCUGCCAUCUGGGGGCCCUGCAGUGCGCCCGCUGCCUCAUCACCUUCGCCAAUUCCAAGUUCCAGCAGCGCCACAUGAAGCGGGAGCACCCAGCCGACUUCGUGGCCCAGAAGCUGCAGGGGGCGCUCUUCAUCUGCUUCACCUGCGCCCGCUCCUUCCUCUCCUCCAAGGCCCUGAUCGCCCACCAGCGCAGCCACAGUCCUGCUACCAGGCCCUUCCUGACGGUUGCACCCACCAUUGCCCAGACCACCUUCCCCUUCCCUGAUUGUGGCAAGACCUUUGGGCAGGCCGCUCCUCUGAGGUGGCACCGCCAGGUGCAUGAAGCUCGCUUCCCUCCUGGCCCCUUUGCCUGCACUGAAUGUGGGCAGGACUUUGCCCAGGAAGCUGGGCUGCAUCAACACUACAUCCGGUGUGCCCGUGGGGACCUCUGAGUGCAGCUUCAGCCCUCCCCAGGGCAAAGGGGGCUCUGUGGCUGGUGGGACCUACCUUUAAUAAUGGGAUGGGCCCUUGGAGGAGUUUGCUGGAAAGGCAAAGGGCUCCUGAUAAAUAGAACCCAGAAUAUGCUCUUUAGAGCUUCAGUCUUUGGAGGACAGAAAGGCCUUCGGUGAAAUCAGACAAUCGUGAGAUCUUUUGUUAAAAAAUGUAUGUAAGAGGGAAAAUUAUUUUUAUCUCCCUCAUUCCCACUUUAGUUUGAAAUCACAAGCAGCUGUGGAUUGUGUAAUCACCUUUAAUUCUUCCCAGAUGGAUGCCAUGGGCCAUAGGAGCAAAUUGCCCUGGCUUUGUGCCUGACUGGGGGCUGGGAAGGUGAGCGUUGCUGGCCUGUGAAGCCACCAGAUGGGUCCCAGACAUGGAGCAGCUCCAGCCUUUGGGGAUGGGCAGCAAAGUUAGGAGCUGUACUGAGUAAUGUGGGGGUGCAGUUCAAAUCUGUCUUCUCCCCACCCUCUCCCAGCCUUUCCCACUUGAGGGGCCAUGGCAUUGGGUGGCUUUGUCCUCCCACCCCAGAUAAUUUAAAUAAUUUUAUGCACCAUUCUGGUCAUGGGAUAUUUCGUAUAUGUGUAGAUGAAAUGACACAAAUAAACUAACAGUAUCUAAAAACAGAAAAGCUCUACAUUAAAAUAGCUAAACAAGGAACUCUGGUUUUUCAGCAGAAAUCCCCAGAGUACAUAAGAAGGGCAUGAGGAGGGGGAUCUCAGGGCUGAGCCCUAUGAGGAAACUGGUUUGGAAUCAAACAGAGAUACCUUCUGUUUCCUGUUGUAUUUGGCCAACAUUGGGAGAUUUCCUAUUAACAUCCUAUUUUCAGCUCUUGAAAAGCCCAUCCUCAGCUGAGUGGCCAAUUUAACUCCUUGCAUUACCUGCCCUGCCCCUAGACACAAUGGUUGAUGCCCUGUAUACAAUAAUCAUAGACUCAUUUAAAUUGAGGGAUGUUUUUAAAUCCCACAGGUGGGAUGGAUGUGGUAGUGACUGAUAGCUGUCUCCCAAUUUUAACUAGGCACAUGAUGGCUACAAAGACCACAUUUCCCAGGUUCUCUUGCAGCUAGCAGUGGCCGUGUGACUAAGUUCUGGCUAAAUUCCUGAGUAGAGUCCUCAAGCUUCAGAAAGGGACAUGCCUUUCUUCCACCUUCUGCCUGGAAUGUGGACAUAGUAUCCAGUCAUUUUGGACCAUGAGAGCAACAGGUGGGAUGGCAGAGCAACUUCAUGCAGCAGUGCCAUCGUAUCAGCCCGAGAACACCCACUUCCCUACUGUUAUAUAAGAGAGAAAUAAGCCUCUAUCUUGUUUAAGCUGCCAUUAGCUUGGGUCUCUUGUCACAUGCAGCAAAAUGUAUAGCCUAAGGCAGGUGUCUGCAAACUAUGGCCAAAUCCAGCUUACCUCCUGAUUUUGCAAAUAAAGUUUUAUUGGAACACA